CUUCGACUAUUUCAUUGUUGUGUAAACUAUGCGACAGGAUAUAUAUCUAUACACAAGACUCACAUCCUUGCAAAAAAAAAAAUACUGAUUUUCUCUUGAUAUCAGCGGAAAUGCUAUUUAUUUAUUUCACAUUCAACUACUUAGGUAUUUCGAACUUCAUCUGAAAUAUGUACACGCUUCGAGAUAUACAAUUAUUAAUUUAGCACAUCUACUUGAUCCACGGGCCGGCUAACGUUUACUAGCUAACGUUAGCUAGCAAAUCCCAAGGCAAAGGUUUCGAAUAGUGCAGCAAUUUUAGCUAGCUGGCUAGUCCCAAUUUCUAAGUCUACAGACGGUGUCUUGCACUGCUAUCUUGCCAUAGCUGUGUUUCUGUGGUUUUGAAGGCGUUAUGAGUUAUGGAGGUUAUGGGGGCAGAGGCGGCCGACGAGGUGGCCGAAGAGGAGGUCGAGGAUUCGGACGGGAUGGGAGCCGGGAGAGGUGGGACCGCCUAGCUGGGUCGAGUGGUGGUGGACACCCGCGGAGCACCGAAACGGAGUCGAGGGAGGACCGGGGAGAACGAGGAGGGAGAGGUGGGGGACCAAACCGUCCACCCCCGCAUCUAAAGGGCCGGGAGAUCGGACUGUGGUACGCCAAAUGGGGAGGCUUGAAGAGGAAAGAAAAUGAGAGAAAAUCGCGGGCAGUGGUUCAGAUGGAUGAGUCCAGGGAACAGCAUAUCACUAAUCUGCUGAACACUGUCCAGAGAGGACCGACAUGCCCAGCCACGGAGGCCCACCCCUCCACAUCUGAGCAUUGGCGUUCAACCCCGUCAGCUCCGGACAGAGGCAGCCACUGUUACUUUGAUGGUGAUGAGCCCUCUCAGGAUGUCCUGAAAAUUGAUCUCAAACAAGAGAAGAAGGAGGAUGAGGAGAGGCCAGUACAGAACACUCCACUCACAUCACAACGUUACUUCCCACAGGAUGUCCUUAAAGCUGAACCCCGAGAAGAGAGGGAGGAGAAGGAGAGGAGAGGGAAGGAUAAAGACCUGGAGUACUUGUUUCAGGAGGUGGUCAGGGAGAAUGCCCUGGACCAGCAGUUAAAGAGAGAUCUAGAGAGGAAGAAGGCGGACUCUAAAUACCUAGACAUGCUGAAAUUCAGGGAAAAGCUUCCAUCCUUUGGAAAAAAAGAGGAGUUGGUGGAGUUGAUCAGGUCCAGCCAGGUGCUGGUGGUCAGUGGAGAGACUGGGUGUGGUAAGACCACCCAGGUGACCCAGUUUAUCCUGGAUGACUACAUAGAGAGGGGUAUGGGUUCAGUCUGCAGGGUGGUCUGCACCCAGCCACGUCGCAUCAGUGCCAUAUCUGUAGCGGAGCGGGUGGCUGCGGAGAGGGCUGAGAGUGUAGGGGACGGGAACUCAUGUGGUUAUCAGAUCCGCCUGCAGAGUCGGUUGCCACGGAAACAGGGCUCGGUGCUGUAUUGUACAACGGGUAUUAUUCUACAGUGGCUUCGCUCUUCCCCUCUGUUGUCCACCAUCAGCCACCUGGUUUUGGAUGAAAUUCAUGAGAGGAACCUUCACUCUGAUGUUCUACUGAUCAUUGUCAAAGACCUGCUCCGAGUCCGACAGGACCUCAAGGUCAUCCUCAUGAGUGCCACGCUCAACGCUGAGAAGUUCUCCAAAUACUUUAAUAACUGUCCUAUGAUCCACAUCCCCGGGAUGACCUUCCCAGUGCAAGAGUUCCUACUGGAGGAUGUGUUGGAGAUGAUUAGGUACCGUCCCCAGAAGAAGGAGCAGAGGCCCAGGUGGAAGAGAGGUUUCAUGCAGGGUCAGAACUCCAGACCAGAGAAGGACCAGAAAGAGGCCGAGUACAAGGAGAGCUGGCCCUGCUACGCCCGCACACUACGAGACAAGUACUCUGACAGAACCAUAGAUGUGUUGGAGAUGAUGGACGAUGAUGAUAAGAUUGACCUUGAGCUCAUCGUGCAGCUGAUCAGACAUAUCGUGCUAAGCCAGGAAGAAGGAGCCAUCUUGGUGUUCCUGCCAGGUUGGGACAACAUCAGUGGCCUCAAUGACCUCCUCAUGGCUCAGCAGAUGUUCAAAUCAGAUGGGUUUGUGAUCAUUCCUCUGCACUCCCUGAUGCCGACUGUCACCCAGACCUCGGUGUUCAAAAGGCCCCCUCCAGGAGUCAGGAAGAUUGUCAUUGCCACCAAUAUCGCUGAGACCAGUAUUACCAUAGAUGAUGUGGUGUUUGUGAUAGAUGGGGGAAAGAUUAAGGAGACUCACUUUGACACUCAGAACAACAUCAGCACUAUGACUGCAGAAUGGGUCAGCCUGGCCAAUGCCAAACAGAGAAGAGGACGCGCUGGCAGAGUGAGCCAGGACACAAUCAAGAUCCUCAAGCUGGGUCAAAUAGCAGAGUUCCUGAGGAAAGCUCUGGACCCUCCCACAGAGGAGGCUGUCACUCUGGCCAUCACACACCUGAUGGACCUAAAUGCUCUGGACCGCUCAGAGGCUCUGACCCCGUUAGGCUUCCACCUGGCCAGGCUGCCUGUAGAGCCUCACAUCGGGAAGCUGAUCCUGUUUGGUGCUCUGCUGGGCUGUUUGGACCCUGUCCUCACUAUCGCUGCCUCUCUCAGCUUCAAGGACCCCUUCUUCAUACCAAUGGGUAAGGAGAAGAUGGCAGACUUUAGGAGAAGAACUCUGUCCAGAGACUCAAAGAGUGACCACCUCACCAUCAUCUAUGCCUUCACAGGCUGGGAGGAAGCUAAGCGACGCGGCUACAAGUUUGAACGAGAGUUCUGCUGGGACAACUUCCUGUCAGCCAAUACACUCCAGAUGCUGCACAACAUGAAGGGUCAGUUUGCCGAGCACCUGCUGGGGGCUGGCUUCACCAGCAGCAAGAACCCAAAAGACCCUGAAUCUAACACUAACUCAGAUAAUGAGAAGCUGAUCAAGGCAGUGAUAGUGGCAGGUCUCUACCCCAAAGUGGCCAUGAUCAAACCGAGCGGCAGCAAGAAGAGACCGGUGAGGGUGUAUACCAAAACCGAUGGGAAGGUGUGUAUUCACCCCAAGUCAGUGAAUGCUGAGGAGACCCAGUUUAACUACACAUGGCUCAUCUAUCACCUCAAGAUGAGGACCAGCAGUAUCUUCCUGUACGACUGUACGGAGGUGUCUCCGUUCUCCCUGCUGUUCUUUGGAGGUGACGUCACCAUACAGAUGGAUCAGGACCAGGAGACCAUCGCCGUGGACGACUGGAUCGUGUUCCAGUCCCCCGCACGCAUCGCUCACCUCGUUAAGAAUCUGAAGAAGGAGCUGGACUCUCUAUUGGAAGAGAAGAUCCGAAGCCCCGCCCCUGUGGACUGGAGCAACCGCCAAUCCAAAGACUGUGCCGUCAUCACAGCCAUCAUAGACCUCAUCACCACCCAGGAGAGGCCCAACGUUAACGCGAGGAACACUGAGCCUAGAGGACGCCGCCAGUAUCACAACAACGAUGAUGGUGACGAGUACGAGAACUGCUGCAUCUCUUCUCAACCCAGAGAAAAGCUCAGGCCAUAGAGAUGGGAAGAGGUCUCCACUUUGUAUCUGUGCCAUAAUGGCGCUGCCCAUGCUAUCUCCGUUUGAGUGUCAAGCUAAUGUUGGUGAUUUACCGCCACUUGCAGAGCUGGAGUCUUAAACUAGAUAUUGUGUUAUUUUGGCGAUGAAGCUUAACGCCAUUUACCAACUAGGCAAACCAAUUUGAAGACCUGGUCUGGUCAUUGGCUGAUCAUUCCCAUAGGAAUCCCCCACCCAGUUGACUACUUUUAAAUGGUGGAAAACCCUCAAUGUCCAUGCUAAAUUGUUUCCAAGUAGAGGUCUCUAUACAUCUCAAUGUCUUAGGCACAUUUUCUAUUGGAUAUGAGUCCAGUCAGGAUGGUGUGUGAAGAAAGAGUCCCCGAACACCAACUAUUUGAAUUUAAUUCUAUAAUAAGCCUACUGGAAAAGGCUGAGCAUGUAUUUUUGCAUUUGUUAAAAACAAUUAUGUGAAACUAAGUUGUAUGGAAUGCUGUUUUGUUGAUAUUGCUUGACAUUCUCAUGUUGUCAAAUGGCCCAUUUGAAUGGUUAACUUGCCAUUGUUUAUUUUUUCAGUUUUUGUUCAAAUAUUUGAAUCUUCUCCCUAAAGCUGAAUCAAUAAAGCUGACCUUAUUGCA